GUCACCACCCAGUAAAGUUAUGUGUGCCAGUGUCAACUAGUUUCUUUAUCAGGGUAAAAAAAAAAACCAAAAAAAAAAUGGUAAUUUCCGAGCCAAAGCAAAACGUCCGUUAGACGAUUUGUCAUCUGCCUCGGCGCUGAACACAUCCUCCAUUGGGACAAUUACGUAGAAAUACCAUUCAGGUUCCGCUUUUCCCUUACUUUCUUUACAUUUUAAAUGGAGGUAAUAGUAGUAAAUUUGAUUGGACAAGAAACAAGUGGGAGAUAAUGCUGCAUCUCUCUGCUUCAAAGAUUUGCAAAGAUCUUACGAUAUUGGAUCCUCAGAAUCUUUACCUUUAUCUCUCUUUUUAAAUACUCUGUCCAUUCUUUUAUUCAAAGCCAAAGAGCCCCAGAUUUUCUUCUUCGUAAAACCGCCCAUUUUCAUUCUCAAGUCUUCCAGUAUACAUCCAAAAGAAGCAAAAUACCACACUAAAGAGAGCUUCUUCCCUUCUCAUACUGGGUUAUGGCGAUUGCUGCUGAAGUUUUACCUUCUGGGUCACAGGAGUUGCAUGUUCUUGCCGUUGAUGAUAGCCAUGUGGAUCGUAAGGUCAUUGAAAAAUUGCUUAAUAUCUCUUCUUGUAAAGUUACCGCGGUGGACAGCGGGACGCGAGCUUUACAGUUUCUUGGCUUGGAUGGGGAAAAAGGGUCUCUCGGUUUGAAUGGUUUGAAGGUGAAUCUUAUACUGACCGACUACUCCAUGCCCGGGAUGACAGGAUAUGAGCUCCUCAAGAAGAUCAAGCAAUCAUCAGCUUUUAGAGAAAUCCCUGUGGUGAUCAUGUCCUCUGAGAACAUCCUCACUCGUGUUGAUAGGUGUUUGGAGGAAGGGGCAGAGGAGUUCCUGGUUAAGCCUGUAAAGCUGUCAGAUGUAAAAAGGUUGAAAGAGUUCGUAAUGAGAGGAAAAACAGAGGAAAAUAAAGGGAGAAGAGUCCACAAAAGAAAGUUUGAAGAUGAUAGCCACCCGCCAUCAUCAUCAUCAUCAACACCAUCAUCAUCAACACCAUCAUCACCACUGUUGCCCCCUCCUUUGACUGCAGCCCCAUUUGCUUGUGAUAUAGCAGCCUCAGAACUACCAUCAUCACCUCUGCGUUCAUGGAAGAGGUCAAAAUUGCGUGACAGUGACUAACUUCUCUCUCAUCCUCUUUUCUUUUUUCAGUGGUAACUAUUUUUUUGUCAAUUUUUGUCAUGGUUUCCCCAGUGUGGGUAGGUGAAGAUAACAUGUGCAUAUUGCACUUAUAGUGGCCUAUCUAGAUUCUGACAAGAACUAAUAGGACCAGUAACAGAGAAACGAGAGAGAGAGAAGAAAUACAGAUGAUAUUCCUUUUGUUCCAUGUAUGUAAAGAAAUCCAGAAUAUUAUAGGCGCUUUUGUGUUUGUAUCGGUCCAUCCGUAUGGAUGUGCUAUACCUUAAUUAAGUUUAACUUU